GGUGGGGCCCAUCUACGACGGCGGCCGGGUCUCCGUCUCUCUCUCUCGGCCGAUCCGUCGCUUGUCCGCAACCGCAAGCGAAGCAAUCCAUCCCUCCCUUCCUCUCCGGCGGCGAGAGAGCGAUCUCCGGCCACGAGAGGCGAGCGGGACUAGGGUUCGGCGCGCCGCCGCCGCCAAGGAAAGCCGCGGAGACCCGCACCGGACGCCUCGUAUCUCCGGCCACCUUCUCAAAGGUCUUGAAACAUGGUGGCCAUGUCAACGCUUGCCGCUGGAUCGUUGCCGGGAACUGUGGUCCCCAAUGGUCUUUUAACAAGGAGGUUUCAAGGUUCACAAUUUCAGAAAACUCAAGUUAACUGCAUCUCAUUUGAACGGGAAGUUUCUACUAAAGCAACACUGAGGAGUGUAAAAUGCAGUGCUCAAACCCAAAGUGUUCAGCGCAAAUCUUCAACCGCGACUGUCAAACGAUCUGACCCCAAAGGAAAGGUUCAAGGACCUAAGUUGGACGAUGGAAGCGGUGGGUUCCCUCCGUUCCGUUUCGGCAAAGGAGGCGGCGGAGGUGGAGGCGGUGGGGGUGGUAACAGCUACUUUGGCGGGUUCCUCCUCUUCACUAUCGUGCUGCUCCUGGAUUACCUCAAGGAGUUUGAGAAGUACCUGCUCGCUCGAAAGCAUCGUGCCGGAGACGACGAUGACGCGGGCUACGACACGAGCGGCGGGAUGCUAGGACAAUCACCAUGAUGAGUCUUGUUAGCAGUAGUCGUCUCUAGCUACUAGAAGUGCAUCAGUCAGUUAACUGGCUUUGGUUAUGUUACAUAUCCUUAUCUUGGAAAAUUCAUGCCUAUGCAGAGCUCAAAAUAUUUAUAGGAUUGUGUGGUGAGAUGCUUAAACUUGAUGCCAUCUGGCUGUUGUGCCGAAGUAUGAAGAAAUUCCAUCUAUGUACAACAAAUGUUUUGCUACUAGAAAUUUCCAUGUCUGGAUUAGGGCCAAGUCUGGAUAUUA